AUGCAGAAAGAAACCACCCGCCCAAAACAACCAAGAGGAGCUGAAAACAUGAAACCGGUUCUCUCUAAUGGAAGCACCUUAAAUCACCUCGGCUCGGGUAGAUCCUUUAUUUAACAGAUAGUUAAUCAUCAAGAAACACAGUAUUCAUGCUGGAUUUACUCUGGUUAAAUUAAGUUUGGAAACUGUUUUCGUGGGUUAACUUCAUGCCCAUGGUGAUUUGUACACUAAUGACUCUCUGCUGGUUGACUUGUUGCCUUUUUAAUGCUCAACGAAGCAGAUCUUAUAAAUGGACAAAAUCCUCUUUUCCGAGCACUUCUCUUACGUUUUACUAACUAGCCUCAUAAGACCACAUAAUAUGGUCAACAGCAUAAUUCCUUUAACAGCCCAAAAAUAUCAUGCAGAAAUUCACUUGCAAGCCGCUUAGCUUCAAUUUUUUUAUUUGCCAAAAAUUGGUCGUAGCUGAGUGGAGGGGCAAGGGGGCAGAUGCCUCCCCGCCUCCCCCCCACAAAAACAAAACAAAAAAAAGUUGAAAUAAAAUUGUCUUUUUCUGAAGUGUUGAGCAGAAAAUCUGAAAUUUGUUGAAAUCUUUGCGAAGUUUACAAAGAUAGUCACAUUUCGAAAACAUUCGUUCAAGACAAUAAAACAGAUACGUUUUGAAUAAACCCCGUGAUUGGGGAUUGAAAUGAUGGCUCAGGCUGUUAGAAACACUAUAACGAAAACCACGUACUGCUAACAUACAGCGACAUCAUGCUGAAAAAAAUUGGGAGGCAAACAGUGUGUAUUGUGGGGGUUCGAAAAUAGAGAAUAAGUGACAGUGUUCUUUCCAUUUGUUUACCAUGCAUGUGGUCUAAUAAGUCGCGCCAGAUUCUCACAAAGUCAUCAAGGUUUGAUACUUGUAGACAGACUGUCUAUGGCAGUGAGCAUUGGAAUCCGUAAUCAAAGUGAAAUUAUCAAUUAUUACAAGAAGUUCCCCACUAUUCAGGAAUCCACCAAUUUGUCAGUUGAGAUGAAAAAGUGGAAAAAGAACUAUGAAAUAUUCCCUUUGAAGAACGUCCUGCAACUGCGGGAAAUUCAGCCUUCAGCCUAUUCAGACAUUUCCAGCCAUUCACAAGAUCCGUACUAUUCUUCUUACUAAACCCGUGGGAAUUGUUCUUCCGAACGCUCUUUUCCUCAAAUCUCAAAUCUAAAGAAAUUAUAUUAAACUCUUGAGGUCACGAGUCGGCCCGACUUCUUGUUCAUCCGUUUAGAACAAUUUAACUGGUUAUAGGAUCACAGGAUGGAUUAUAACCUGAGAAUAUCUACACCAUCAUGAAAAGUUAUUUAACUUCAUAUUGACGUAACCCACAAUGCAAUGGCUGAGUGGUAAUACUAUGUUCAUACUGAAGUAAAGUAAUGAAUAAAGAACAAAAACAACAACAAAAAAUAAGUAAAUAAAAAACAAAUAGAAUGAUUUCAGUUGCUCUGGCUCCUCCUUUCUGCAAAUGAACUCAAUAACUAUUUUCAGUCCUGCUGUGUUCAAAAAUCGAUAAACUCUUUCUGUUUUAAGAUCAGAACAGACCCAUAUUACAACUGCUUUUUGUAAGCCAGUUCAUUUCGAGAAAAAGUAGUCCCUGCUUGGCCAGCCAAAGUUAAUUGGCUCUUAUAAGGUCCUAGUUUUACGAAGCGUGACUUUAAUUUGCGGCGUUGAUAACUGAUUUAAUUUUAAAGAGAAAUUUUAGGGGUUCCUGUAGCGGUAAUUUUAGACGCAAUAGUUUUUGCUAAUUCUAUUGCGACUUUAGGAAUCUUUAUGUAGCGAUUUCUGUCAUGUCUGUAAGCUCCCUGUAGGCCCGGGAGCUAAGAAAGCACUUAUCGUCGAGGGUAGAAGCGGAAUCAUUUCAAUCUUGAUAUUCAUGAUUCCUGUCGUUUUUGCCUGAAUGAUUCAUGUUUCCUACAAGAAUUUUCCUCCAGAUUCAUGAUUCACGAAGGCUUCUGAACACCUAUUGAUUUAAUGAUUUUCUCAGGGGCAACUUAGUCUCCCAGUUGUAUUUUUUGGUGUUCAAACUUCUGCUUCAUUCAGACUUGGUAUCAUCAUUCGUUUUGCCUUGGCAUGGAGUUUUUUGUAACUGAACAUUAAGCACAAGGUUAUUGAAGAAACAAGCGGACUGUCAGCUCCGAAUGCACUAAUUAUAUAGGGGGGUUCGGUGGCAUGUUCCCGGAAAAGUUUUUGAAAAUUGGACUCUCGGAAACGCCAUAUCCUGCCUUCCCUGGAUCGAACGCAAUUAAUUCAUACGUGUAUUUUGUUGAGCUUUUCUCAGAGUCUCGUUAUUCAUGAUUCCCGAGCCGAAGUACAAAGAUUCAAGAUUCUUACAUGUUUUGUAACUAUGAUUCAUGAUUCAUGAUUCCGCUUCUACCCCCGAUUAUCGGGUUUGUUAGCCCUCACGCCGAGACAGGCUUUUGAUAUCGCCGCUGGUUUACAAGCUCAAACUGUCGUCGCUGAAAAUGACUUAUUUAUCCGUAGAUUUUACAAUGCAACUCUGCCGUAAACAAUUACAAUAAUUUUUGCAUCCUUUCAACUAGAGUUAUGAAUGAAAGAAUGAAUAACUUUAAUGAAACAGGGUCAACUCAUCAGGACUUAAAACACUAUUUCUAAUACGAAUCUAAAACUACUAUUAAUAAUAAAUUAACAUGAUUAAAAAAACAAACUUACUUAGACCAGAGUCUGCUUUACAUAAGAGCCGUGUAGAUAGACUUUUAGAAGAAUUGUUUAUAGCCAGUCCUGAAAACCCAAAGAGAGUUCGACGUUUUGAAUUAUUUAAAAACCAGUAAAUUCAAAAACGUAUUUUGAUAAGCACUUUAAUCUAUAACUUGUUCCGAAACGUUUUUCUACCUCGCAGUGUACAGUAACCUCUCCUAUUUGUAAGCCCUCCUAAAACCCCUUACGAAGAUGUAUGAGACAGUUUAUGGUACGCGGAAUAACAAGAUUUUCCUACUCUGAACAGGGCCAGUCCAAAGUGUAUGACGUUUUUGAUCAUUAUUAUUGAACAUAGCCUGCGGACAAAGACGUAUAAAAUGACUUCAAAUACUAUAUUGUUCAACCCAGCCAAAGGAAAAAGUCGACAACACAAUUCCGUUAAAUUAGAAUUAACAAACAAUUAUGAAUAAGCCAGAAAAAAUGAAAAUAUUACUAUAAUUUAGACCUCUUCUUGAGAAUAUCUUGCAUUUAACUUUAAACGCACUUCUUCCAAGUUUGAUAAAAUUCUUGAAUUCUCAAACCCUUUCGCCUUUCUGCUACUCGAUUUGAGAUCCCACCCUUUAAACAGUAUAAGGCCUCGGAAAUUUCUUUCGAAUAUGGCUCCAACGCUCAAGCAACUGAAAAAGACGCAUAGCAUUUUUGUAUGGCCGGGCAGACUUCGUGUAGCUUGUUCCAGGCGUUCAGAUAGUGGGGAGCGGUGCGAAGUAAUCAAAGAAACAGGGGCACACAACGUCAAUUUUCGGAAAAUAUCUGUUCGGAAGACGAUUUGAGAUCUAUAAUUUUCGGAACAUUUGUUGUAAAAUUUCUUGCUUGCCAGCCUCUCCUAGGAUUUUCGAACAUCUUAAAACUGGUAUAAUUGCCCAUUUUUAACGGAUUUUUACCCUAAAAAGGUCACCUAGAAUUUUCGGGAGCCUUUUUUUGGGCUGAAAUUUUCAAAAAGGUAAGUUUUGAUCCCUAUAAUUUUCGGAUCACUAGACUUUCAGCUAGGAAAUCCGAACAGAUGAAAAAGUUUUAGGGGAUAAAAAUAUGCAUAUAUCUACCGUUUAAAUACUAAAAUACGUUUAACAAUGCUAUGUUUAAGUGGUUUUGAACUAUAUUCUCGUUGGGUGCCCCUGAAGAAAGACUAUCGUCAACUCGUGGGACCGUUGUUUAGAAAAUGAUCAAAUGGUUAUCAACUCUGGUUUUCCCUCAGUAAAUUGUAGGAAAUGAAAGAAAUUCAGAUUGUUUAUCCCUGUACAAUAUAUUUAAUAUACCAUCUUUGCUCUGGAAACACAAUACUAACAGUUAUUUAGGUACGUAUUAAUAGAAAAACAACAAAACAAAUAAGCAAACAAAACAAGACAAAAACGGGAAAAAAAAAGAAAGAAAGAAGAUUAAAAAAGAAGGGUACAUAGCAGGGCUUGAUAUCGGCACCUUCAGCUAUUUGCGACUUUACUUUACCACUACACCACGACGACUGAUUAUGUCCCUGUGGCGAAAACUUUUUAAUUUAAUGCGUUAUCCAUGGCGUCCGCCCGCAAAUUCGUUCAGUAUGAUCGAGCCGCAUUAACCGAGCUUUUGACAGUAAAAAAACAAUGUCAACGUAUUUCAUGGCAACGAAUGAAUAAAAUAACAUGUGCUUUACAAAGCUGAUACACCUCGUCAGCGAAGUUGGAGGCAAAACAUAUGUUUUCGUAUCUCGAUUUGUGCUGUUAUUUUGAAGCUAAUGGUCAAAAUCACAUCCAUUUUCGGCCCAUACAGGUUAUUAAGAAUAGCAUGGCAUGACAUUUUCUUACUUUCAGAUCACUUGGCAGCCAGCUGGAAUUUGUAUAUCCCCCGUGAUCUUUCGGAGUCAGAAGAGUAAUUGCUCAGUUUCUCGUCAAGUUUAACGCCUGGACGAGUCAAAGGCUCUUGAAAUCCAAUCCCCAAGUUAACCAUCAUAUUCAUUUGAAAGACUCCUACGUGUCUUAAAUUUGGUAAGACCUCUAACCGUGCUGUAGAAAAUUUCCACAAAGAAAACUCUGAGUCAGAGCAUCGAACGCCGAACGAUGCAAGCUCUCAGCGAAGAAUUUGAUCCCACCGAACUUCGGAGAGCGCGUGCUUCUUCGGAAACGAUAGAUCUUCGCACUCUCUAGUUCGGACCCGAUUAAUUACAAAGUCCGUCUACUACGAGUGAGCGAGUGACUCAAUUGCAUAUCUCUGUCCCUGCAAUAACUCGUGGUACGCUCGCGCGUCCCCACGAGUUAAAAAGGAGCGCGAAAAUAUAAACGAGGGAGGGGAAGUUCCCCCUCUACUUCUCAUCGUUUCUUUACUUCGCCCCACCCCCGACUCUCUGAACGCCUUCUGGAACAGGCUAGACUUCGUGGAAAUGACAUUCCUCAAAAGCUUUUGUACUUGCUCCUUUCCUGGCUUCUAAAUGCAUGCACGACGGCCAAACAGCAAAUAGUGAAGAGAGAUAAUUAAAAAGAAAACACGGAAAAGAGGUAUUCCUCGAAAAAGCCCGUUCUUGACGGGUCCUAAUCCCGUUACUAACUGAGCGCGAAGGCUAUAUUGGGCUGGGGGGUACUCCCAUACAUUACCUAUACGGGUAUGUGCCGCCCAACGGGGUCGUGAUUUUAAAGCCCCUGGUUUAGAAAGGGGUAUCCAUUUCAGAGGCUUUUUCUAGAACGGGGUAUAAUAUUUCGAACGCAUGAAAGCUCCAGUUUUGUAAGCAGCCAUUUGAAAUUAUUCAAGGACAGAUUGCUUUUAAAAAUACGGCUCAAUGCGUUACUGAAGCAAACUGUUAUACUCUUGUUGCACCCUAGAGCGGAGUAUAAAAAAUUGGCCCAUCUCUAGAACGGGGUAUCAGUUUUAGGGCGAAUUCUAGAACGGGGUAUAAAAAAUUGGCCCAUUUCUACAACGGGGUAUCAAUUUUAGGGCAAUUUUUUUUUAGAACGGGGUGCCAAUUUGGAGUCCCGGGCGGCACAUACCCAGCCCCAAAAUACCCAAGUGCCCCCCCGGAUAUUGGGUAAGUUGGCCCGAGGUCGUGGCAAUACGGACCGCAGGAGGUCCGUGCAUGAACUACCGACAGCCAACACGACCCUAUUGUUGGUUUUCACAUGACGUCACCAAAAAUCAUACUAAAAAGCUAUCGAUCUUACCGAGAUUUUACUUUCACGAUGCAUUUGAGCAGCUGAAAACUAAUUUUCAUUCAAAUUUUCGCCUUAAAAGAGUUCUUGGUUUUGUGAUAGAGUACGCUUGCGUUUCUAAGCUUUUGCGUGACGGGGCAUUUACAUGACAGCCUAGAGAGCUGCCAUGUAGGUUAAAAAAAUGACAUAUUUCAGGAAAUUUUGCAACCUAAACAGUUCAUCUAUUAGAAAAAGAAUAACUUUAAUGUUUAUGAGUUUUUUGAAGAAUAAAUUCGCGGCUUUUGUAGCAAAACUUCGUAACAGAUGUUUCUGUUGGUUUCCGUGCGACAUGUUGGAGCUCAUCCAGGUGAGCACCAGCAUGGCGUCUCCAUACAAAUCUCUAUAAGUUUGGGUUAUACAUUUCUUCGGAUAUCUCGUAUACGAAAUAUUCCUCUGACCUGAAUCUUGGCGAGUGUCUUUGUAUAUGUACCUCCUUUCACUUCCCAGAUUCUGGAGUUUAUCUAUUAAAACGGUUUUGAUUUUUUUUAUCUAUUUUGAAUGGCGUGACACUGAAAAUUAAUUAAUAAGUAGAGAGAUAAGUUUAGAGAUUUUUACCUACCACAGUCAGAGCUGAUUUUUAUUUUAAAAUCCUUUUACCUUUUUUCAUCUUCGUGUUAGUCUUCUACGGUUCUCGCGGAAAGACACUUUUUGAGGAGAUAGAAGUUCACUUGCGUGCUGCCAAGAUUAUCCUUGGUUUAGACAGGUUCAGUUCCAGCGACAAGGGGAUAGCUCAUGCGAAUUGGUUUCCGUUGAAUAGACUCUAAAGUUAUUACUGUUAACCCAUAAAUGUUUUUACGAAACUGUUCCUGAAACUUUCCAGAUGAUUUUAUAAAAAGCACGACUGCAAUUAUAAUUUACGAAGAAAGCUUAAUACGUUUAUUUGAGACACAUUUUGCCAAGACAGAGCUACUAUUUAAGAGCGACUGGCUGUAAAUAUCGACCAAAAUCGACUUUUUAUGGCACAAGUUCAAAAUUCGAAUUUCGCUCAUUUUUGGCUCAUCGAUAAUCCUCAUCCUCAUCCUUAAUGAGUAAUGAAACAUGCUGUAGUUAGUUUUCUCAAAUAACGUGUUCUUUUGUUAAAAUUCGAGAAAACUCAUUUUGCCCAUAUGGAGCUCAAAAUCCACCUCCGGUAAAACGAAAUUUUACACAAAUGUCAUUGACGUCAAACCACGACGAUUUGACAGCCUUUGAAAACCACGAAUAGUUUUUUGACCCUUUCUUUCUUAUAAGACAAUAAAUUUGUGAAAGCUGUGAUAAUUUUGUGGCCAAAAAGGUAUUGUUAAAAAUAGGCCCUAUUGACAAUUUCUACCGUUCAAAAUUAUAGGGAUAAAAUAAUGCAAAUUUUUACAAUACGGCCCCAAUCUAUCAAAAUCGAGACAAAUCUUUGGGCAAACGAUUUUUAGUAGCCCGCAAGACCUCGAGUUCAACCCUAAUUUUGCGAAAAAUAGCGACAUUCCAGUGGUUAAAAAUAGUGUUACACGGCCCGUCACGCCAACGGUGUUAACGACAGAUACACUUAAAACAUUCUAUUCAACGUUGAUCACAUGCCAAAUUCCAGCAUACAAUCUAAUAAUAAUAAUAAUAAUAAUAAUAAUAAUAAUAAUAAUGUCUUUAUUAAAAAGCAUCCGAUAAAAUUACAUAUCUGAUGUUACAGCAAAAAUAUGAAAAUAUAUAUCGAUAGAAAAAAUUACAAUGACAAGAUGAAUAAAAAAGAUUAAAUUGAUUAAAAAUACAUAUGGGGUAUUUACACAGCUAGAUUAUAUUUAAAAAUUAAUCUAUUAAAAAAGCUAUCUUUGAAACGUUCAGUGUUAAUGCUGGGCCUGACAACGGAUAUCCUUCGGAGGUUUACAAUACAGUCUUUGUACCUUGGGAGCAAGCUUUUUAGUGGAUGGUCAUCGCGUUUGAGGUUAUAAAAAACGCGUCUGUCGCUUUUCUCCAAAAGUUCAUAUAUGUUGUAAUUGACCGACGUAUAACGCCUCUUAUAACAUCUUUUUAAAAACCUUUGUAUAACAGUAAGUUCGGAAACACUUACAGCAUAAACUGAAAGACCGUAUAAUAACUUAGGGAUCACAACUGAAUUAAAGAGGUGGUCUAUUUCAUCUUGUGUAUAUCCUUCUUUACGUAGGCUUCUGAUGACAAAUAAACACUUGUUGGCUUCAUGGAGCUUGGCCUUGACAUGCAAGCCAAACUUACAAUUACCUUGAAUUGUGACGGCUAAUAAAGAAAUGUUAUUAUAUUGUUUGAUAUUGUGAGACAUUGGGUAGACUGUUGAAUUGCCUCUCUUACGCAUAAUUAGCUCCUUACAUUUACUAGUGUUACAAUGCAUGUCAUUUGCAACAGUCCAAUCCAUAAACUUGGACAAGGCAAUAUCAGAUAUAUCCGGGGAAUCUUUAGUAAUCGUGACUAAGACGGUUGAAUCGUCUGCAUAUUUAAACAAGGAUAUAUCUUUGUAUCCAUCUAUCUCUAGGUCAUUCAAAAAUAUGUUGAAAAGAUAUGGGCCAACUGACACUUCCCUGUGUUGUUCCCUUGUUAACAAUUUUCCACUGGCAUGUCAAAUUAUUAAAAAUCACCCUUUCAAUACACUUUUUAAGAAGAGUCAUUUUGUUUGGAUACAAUGUAUAGUGCAGAAUUACCCAAAAGUCGGCUUUUUUGAGCGACGUCGGCAAGACGUCGACGACCGAGCCCAACGGAAACAGACUUUAUAAGCAAGUACAGUGGUGUGUUAUAUUAAUUUAAGCAUCCGUCAACAGGCAUAAAUACAUUAAAUUUAAGACGGGGACAACCAAUAUGACGCCAGUGCAUUUGAGAAUUUACAAUAAUAAAUGAGAUUUUUCUGAAACCAGAAUUUACAUCUUAAUUCUCGGUUCAGGCAGCUUUUGCACUGGACUUUUGGGUCACAUGCUUACUGCCUCAAGUCAGAAAAUAAUAUAAGUUGAGUUUUUAAUGCCCGCGUUAUAAAGCCUCUCAGUGAUGAGAUCCAGAAUUGCAGCUUAAAAUGAAGCUACAUCAUAUUCUUUGACCUCUUUUGAAGCCCCGCCGCCAGAGCGCCCCGAAGAGCUUGCUCGCAGGCUACGUUGAAAUUAAAAACUGCUAUAACUUCGGGAACUUCGGGAGGAUGCCGACAACAAUAGAAGUUACAAUCUUGGACAAAAUAACAUGGGUCAACAAACCCCCAUCCUCCCGAAAAGCCAAAACCGCGCUACUUUUCCUACCGUAAUUUGGAGGGAGAGUUUGGCGGGGGACGUAAAAUUAUCAUCUUCAUUUGCCCAUCAUUGUAAACUUAAUAUUGUAAAUUUGGUACUUGUUAUGUCCAUAAAUUUCAUCAAAGAUUGUAGUCUUAAAAGUAAUCUGCUUACAUAGUAAAUAUCUGCAAACGUUUCUACUUCACGAAAUCAAUCGCGCAUGCUUAUGUUUGGCAUUAUAAAUAACGAUUCUAAAUUCUGUUCAGCCCUCAAUCAUUUAGUCAUUUAGUCGUGAUAAAAGUAGUCUAAAAAAAUAUAUUUCUUGUACGACUGGUCGCGAAAAAGAGUUCAGAACAAAAUGGUCUGUUUUUUCGUCUCUUUUAAAUACGGUAUGAAAUUCUGUUUACUUAACUGAUUGCGCUCCCAUUUAAUUUUAGUUAGUAAAAUGAUAUCAAGGCAGAAAAUGCCUCAUCACGGUAGUAAAAAAUAUCAAGGUAGAAAAUGUUUUAUCACGGUAGCACACUGGAACCUCAAUAUAACGAAGGGCCAAGGGACUGGCAAAUUUGUUCGCUGUAACGACGUUUCGUUAUAUCGAGGUCUUUUUUCUUAUAUUUGACUGUCACUAGGGUUAAAAAUAUCGUUCGUCAUCGAGUUUCCACUGUAAAAUGAUAUCAAGGUAGAAAAUGUUUUAUCACGGUAGUAAAAUGAUAUCAAGGUAGAAAAUAUUCCAUCAUGGUAGUAAAAUGAUAUCAAGGUAGAAAAUGUUUUAUCUAAAAUGAUAUCAAGGUAGAGAAUGUUUUAUCACGGUAGUAAAAUGAUAUCAAGGUAGAGAAUAUUUCAUCACGGUAGUAAAAUGAUAUCAAGGUAGAAAAUGUUCCACAACGGUAGUAAUAUGAUAUCACGAAAAUUUUCCAUCACGGUAGUGAAAUGCGGUGAGGGUAAAAGGCGGAAUGAAUUUGCGGAAUGGCAUGUGGCAUGACAUAAUUAUGCGGUAUUUAAUUUAUGGAAAAUGACGCAAAGAAAAAAAAUUCAACAGGAAAACAUGCGCGCAUCUCUGCCGCGCCGUUUUUGGCGCCAAUUUGAGCGAGCAAUCGAUUUGCCGGUCCAUUUAUUACUGCUAUUAAAGCAAAGCUAAAAUUGAAACACAGCUGAUACACUAAUACUAGACAUAACUCGUUUCCAAAAUAAACUGAAACUGUUCUUUACUCACGUCUCUUUUCCAGUGAAGCGCAGUGAAAGUACGAAAACUUGUCAAGUCUACGAAACGGUCUUCUAUUAAGUUUUUGCUCUCCUCAUUACAUAGAAAAACGUCGCAACGGUGGACGAGGUAAAAUAGAAAGGAAGAGAGAGGAUCGUGGGAUCGAGGCUGUUAGGAAAUGGCAGACUCGGUAGUCCCAAAUGAAAUAAAGAAAUAAGCCUCGUAUAAAUACGUGCAGACGUACUGUGUCGCAAAUCUGUCUGGGUUUUUAGGACGGUAUAUAACCUGUGCUACUUGGUAACGCUAGAGGGUAAAAAACGCUCGCUGAACGUGGAGUCAGGCUAGCAACAAUUCUAGGGAUUUCAAAUACGGUGAACGAAUCAGAUCAUAUUUGAGACUAAAUGAACGCCUCAAGUCAAACAUUAAUCCGUAAUCUACAAAUCGAAUGAAGCGGCGAAUUGCUCUCUGCCUCCUUUCGGCCUUUCCGCGUCUCGCCCUUGUUUAUUUGAACUAGCCAAGUCAUUAAUAUGUGUUUUUUUUAAUGGGUAUGUAUAUUGUCUAUUUUUAACAGUUAGUGUGAUGCCGAACCGGCUUUACUAACCUAAUAAAGGUAAGGUAAAGCGGGUAAAGGAGAAAAAAUGCUAAAAGUAGGAACGUGAAGAAAAAGAAAAGAAAGAAAGAAAGGCAAAAAGCACACAUACUCGAUUGCCAGGAUUCGAGCUCGCGCUUCUCGGCCAGCUGUUAGCUUCGCGUUCCUGAAACUUCACCACGCAGCUAAGAAAACAAAAUACAAGAUAAGUUCGAUCUCUGAAUAUUAUGUCACGAACGAUCGCGCGACCCACCGUCUGAAAAAGAAACACUUCUCACACGGUUUCAAAUGCAAAUAAAGGUAAAAAAAAGUGACGGUGAUCGUGCAAAUAUCUUUUGCAGAAUAAAAUUAAAGCAGAAGAGAGUAGAGGGCUAGUGUGACCUUCCAAAACAUCCUUUCUUCAAUGGCCUACUUUCGUGAUGUAGUAUCGGUGCUGCCAGCAGCCCGACUAAUAAAGGCAAGUAGGAUCUUUGUGGCUGUGCAAAAAGCUAAUUGACCGUGAGAAAUCAAGGAGUCUUUCCUGGCUUUUUGAUUGUCAUCGUAGUCAAGUCCGCGCAACAUUUAUGAAGCGGCUGCUUGUGAAUUGAUUGGCGCCAAAAAAGGGCGCAAUUUUCAGUUUUAUUUAUUUCUUUAAGUCAUUCUGAAUAUAUUACAUCCGGCAUAAUUAUGUCAUUCCGCAAGCCACGCCACAUGCCAUUCCGCAAACUCAUUCCGGCUUUUACCCUCACCGAGUGAAAUGAUACCAAGGUAGAAAAUGUUAGCCUGAAUUUCAUCCGAUUGCUUCCAGUCGUUUUCUCGUCUCAGUAACUGAGGGAGUAAUACCGACUCGAAGUAAUCGGAUGAAAUUCAGACUAAGGAAAUGUCACAUCACAGUUACUAACGUGAUAUUAAGGUAGAAAAUGUUUAUCACGGUAGUAAUAUGAUUUCAAGGUAAUUAAAGGUUCCAUCACGGAAGUAAAAUGAUAUUAAGGUAAAAAUAACAAUGGUAGGUGAAUUCUACGACAGCAGGAACAUUGCAUAAGACAUGUUUUCACGUGAACAAAUAAUUGUGAAUAAAACGGCGCGCCAUAUCUAAAUCAUAGAAAAAACCAUUUGUGAGACUUCUGACGUAUUUAGAAACAUAGGGUCCUUGGGUGCUCCUAGAUCCUGUGGUAAAUAUCUACUUUUUUACAUUCAAUAUUAACUUACCAUUUGAAUCUCUCCGUUUUACCGGCAGACCGAAGACAAACUUAUCUUAAUCGAAUUAGCAAACAUGUCUACUUAAAAUUGGCUUUGAUACCACUGUGCCGCAUGCCAAGUAUUUAUGUGUCUAUUAGGCUCAGCUAGUCGCUUGAUGACUUCCAACAUAGCAUAUAUGAAUCUGAGUCUUUCCAUGAAUGCAGAUACAACUGUCUCAACAUUAAUCAGUCAAAUAUUGGGACAAUGUAGUUGGUAGUGGAAGUAAUGUUGUAUAAUUAUUGCUUAAUGUGUUUUGAGGUGAUUCAGUGCGAAUUUGAUUGAUCUGAGUCUUUGCAGUCACAGUUAAUGGGUCCUGUCUUUUAAUUGCAGUUUGAGUUUGCUUGGUAUCCAUUGAGCUCAAGCUUGAUUAACUGUACAAUUAGCCACAGUUGGAACAAAAAGAUCCACAAGAAAAAUACCUUCAUAAAAACAUGAACGAUUCGUCUGGUCACCAGUUAAAAGAAGUACCUACUCUCCUUGGACCUUGGUUUCUGUUCCCUGUUGCUGCCGCUUAUAUAUUAAUUGCAGUAGUGGCAGCAGUUGGAAACCUUCUGGUCUGUUUCGCUAUACUCACCAACAGAAGUCUUAGAAGCAAGCCAUCAAACCUACUGCUGCUGUCCCUGGCUGUCUCAGAUCUUCUGACUGCAGUCUUGGCAAUGCCAUUCGAUAUAGAGUCGUUACUUCUUCAAGGAGGUUGGAAACAUGGUGCUGUUAUGUGCCUUGCGUUUCUUACUUCCUACCUCAUCACCGUACCCACAUCGAUUUUGACGCUUUUGGCUAUCAGCCUGGAUCGCUACCAAAACCUUCGUGAUCCUCUGCGCCGCUUUCGCCGCACACAGUUCAUGACAAGAACGAAAGCUUUGAUUCUGAUCGGCAUUAUCUGGCUGUACUGCAUCUUAUUUGCUUGUCUCCCUUUCAUGGGUUGGCCGUUUAUAACGAGAGGAACGAAAAAAGAACUAGAACAAUGCUCAAUUUCCUUCACUGUGUUAUACAACAUCUUGAGCAAUUUUCUGAACUUUGUUGGGCCGCUGGUAAUUACAUGCGUGUUAAAUAUCAUGAUGUAUUGUAUUGCUUGCAAGCAUAAUAAAAGAGGUCUUAGGAAUCAUGGAAAGAAUUCCAAAGAAGACGCAAAGGCCCAUGCAAGAUCCCUAAAAGCUGCGAGUUCAACCGUCAUGUUGGUGGCAGCUUUCUUCUUCUGCUGGCAGCCCUUCUCGUACUUCAGUAUUGUCAGUAUUCUCUACGGUGAACAGAACUGGGACCCAUACCCGAGUAAAGUUUUCUAUGUUCUGUUGGUGUUUGGCUACCUUAACUCGGCUCUGAAUCCUUUUUUCUUUGCGUUUCGCAACAAACAAUUCAAAGCCACGUACGUUAGAAUGUUUAACGUGUUUAAACGCUGCAUUUCAAGAGUGCACGACUUCGUUGUGUCACCUAGCUUCUUAAACGACCUUACCUCUGGUGUUCCCGAAGCCGAGAACAAAAAUGUUCGCUUGCAAGCAUUCAGAAGCAAACGAUCAACACCAGACCCACCCAGACAUCAAAGCACAUCAACAUAA